AACCACAAAUCAAACGUUCUGUAAACAAGAAAGCCAUACUUGUUUUUUUCUUUCUUUUUCCAGUUCAAAAAUUCAACAGAAACCACUUAAAAAUAGAUUAUAUCCCACAAAGAAAUUUUUGGUUACACCGUUAACAAUCCCCAUUCCGAUCUCAUAUUCCUCUUCUCAAAUUAAAACACCAUUUUUUCUCUACACUGUCCACGGAUUCAACACACACAGCAACAACAGCAAAGAAAUCGAUCGCAAUUCGGAGAAUAACUUAUUGAAGAAAAUGGCGAAAGGAGGAGCUCAGAAGAAAGAUGUUGCAGUAGCGAUCGAUAAAGACAAAUGCAGUCAAUACGCUUUGAAAUGGGCAAUCGAACGGCUUCUGAGCAGAGGUCAAGUUGUCACUCUCCUUCAUGUUAAACAAAAACCGUCUUCUUCUGCAGCACAUUCGAUCACGAGUUUGAGUGCGGAUUCGGAUGUAGAUGAAGCGGCUUUGAAUAGACAGCAGAUUGAAAACCAUGCGAGAGAUCAGUUCUUCCUUCCAUUUCGUUGCAUUUGUACAAGAAACAAUAUAGCAUGCAAUGAGGUGAUGUUAGAGGAAGGAGAGAUUCCAAAGACAUUAACAAAUUAUGUCACCAAAAAUGUUGUAGACAUUUUAGUACUUGGUGCUCCUACAAGAUCAAUUUACAAGAGAUUCAAAUCAGAUGUCCCAAGUACGGUAUCAAAAGGAGCACCAGAUUUCUGUACAAUUUACACUAUUGCCAGCAAAGGCAAAGUUACAGUGAAACAAUCCACGGCUCCGGCUCCAGUGAAGCCCGUUGCUUCACCAUGCACCCAGCCACAACCUCCCCCGCCACGCCCUCAGCUACUACAUCAGCUCACAAACACCUCCGAAGUUGUGUCGUUGGAGACAAACCAGUCACACACUCAAUCAGCUAAAUGUAUGUUUCCUAUAUGCAUAUUCUGUUUAGAGACCCAAACUAGCAUAAAAAAGGUUCCUCCUCGUUCCUUCCAAGAAGAUUGGGAAAUCAAAUAUGUAUUAGGUAGUGAAGGAAGGAUUGGUGGUAAUAAAAUGUUUGUUGAGGUGGGCAGGUCACCGUUUACAAGGCCAGGUUCAAGGGCCUCAAUGAGCAAAUUGAUCGAUCCAUUCACGGCAGAUUCGGACAUAUCCUUCGUUAGCAGCGGGAGGCGGAGCAUAGAUCAUUGCUUCCCAGGGGCAUGGAACUCCAACGCCGCCACCGGCAGUGACUCCUCUCUCCUUUCUAACGCCUCUGAGUUUGAAGUUUUCAGCCCAGGGUCAACGUCGCUAAUGCUGGAAAUGGGAGAACGAACCAACAAAUAUGUUGAUAGUAGUACUAAUGAUCAUUAUAACAACACCUCUUCUUUCCAUCAGGAUAUGUCUUUUUGCUCUUCACCAAGUGAAACCUUCUCUUGGCCUUCUAAUUCUCAUGCUCAGGAUGAUGUUGAAGCUGAGAUGAGAAGGUUGAAAUUGGAGCUCAAACAAACUAUGGACAUGUAUAGUACUGCCUGCAAAGAAGCCCUAACCGCCAAACAAAAGGCAAUGGAGCUCCAUCGCUGGAAAGUUGAAGAAGAGCAGAGGUUCGAAGCGGCGAGAAUGGGGGAGGAAGCAGCAUUAGCAAUGGCAGAGAAGGAGAAGAUAAAAUGUAAAGCAGCGAUGGAGGCAGCAGAAGCCGCACAAAAGAACGCAGCGCUCGAGGCUAAGAGAAGAGCCAAGGUAGAGAAAAUGGUGGACAUGGAAGCACAAGAAAUGAGACGAACACUGUCAUUUUCAGGAUACGGUCAUGCUGAAAUCGGUUACAGAAAGUACGAAAUCCAAGAAAUCGAGACCGCCACAAAAGGCUUCUCCGAAUCUUUGAAGAUCGGUGAAGGCGGUUACGGUCCAGUCUUCCGUGGAGAACUCGACCACACGCCGGUGGCGAUCAAGGUUCUUCGACCGGAUGCCGCUCAUGGACGAUCUCAAUUUCAACAAGAGGUUGAAGUUCUAAGUUGUAUUCGACAUCCAAACAUGGUUCUCCUUCUCGGAGCUUGUCCUGAAAAGGGUUGUUUAGUUUACGAAUUCAUGGCGAAUGGAAGCUUAGAAGAUUGUCUCUUCCGAAAAGCGAACGACCCCAUUCUUUCAUGGCAAUUACGAUUCCGAAUCGCAGCAGAGAUCGCAACCGGACUUCUCUUCCUGCAUCAAACCAGACCAGAACCGAUCGUACACCGUGAUCUGAAACCCGGUAACAUUUUACUAGAUAGUAACUACGUAAGCAAAAUCAGCGACGUCGGACUGGCGAGGCUAGUUCCUCCUUCAGUAGCCGACUCAGUGACUCAGUAUCGGAUGACAGCAACGGCAGGGACAUUCUUCUACAUCGAUCCUGAGUAUCAACAAACAGGAUUACUCGGGAUUAAAUCAGACGUUUACUCACUGGGAGUGAUGCUUCUGCAGAUAAUCACAGCAAGACCGCCGAUCGGACUGGCGCACGCAGUGGAAAGGGCGAUUGAGAAGGGGAAAUUUGCAGAGAUGCUAGAUCCAGAAGUGAAAGAUUGGCCGGUUGAAGACGCGUUGAAGUUUGCAAAGCUUUCGAUUAAGUGUGCAGAGAUGAGGAAGAGAGAUCGGCCAGACCUUGGGAAGGUGGUGCUGCCAGAGCUGAAUCGAUUGAGAACAAUGGCGGAAGAGAGUAUGGGACUUGGGUCGUUCAGCUGCAGUAGUACAUGUUCAUCCCCAUAUGCAAGCCAGACUUCUCAGGAAAUGAUGAAUAGUGUACAAAGACGGGUAGGAGCAUGGAUUGAUACCUCAAGCAGCCAAUCAGAUAGCAGCAGCUCAUCAUAUUCUAGGGAAAAACCUUAUUGGCUGGACUAGCAAAACCAAUUCCUCUUCUUCUUUUUUCUUUUUGUCUCCGAACAAAAAUAAUAUAAUUUUAUAGCAAUUGUAAUUUGUAAAUGCAUCACUUUUUAUUUUAUCAAUUUUUUGUUUUUGUUUUUCGUUUUUUGUUUUUCCGCCUCUUAUUACAGGUGGGUGUUUGAUCCCUGGGUUUGUCGUUUGAAGCCAAACUCAUGGGUUGGACUCUUGAAAUAAAAUUCUUUGGGAUUAAUAAACCAAGAGUUUGAAAUA